UGUUCCUGCGCGUCUCGAUGGUCCGGGCUUGGGCAUCGGAAUUGGAGAUUAGCCGAGGUUGCCCGCAAAGGUGAGUUGGGAGAUGGCGGAGGGGAGAGCGAGAAGUUAAUGGAGACGCUUCCUUUGGGCUCUUUGCCUGUUUUUGCUCAGGGUCUGCCCUGCAAGCAGCGCUCCCGGGGGCCUUCUGCUGAGAAAAGCUGGGAAAGGCUCAGAAAAGGGCAGCCAGGAUGGAUCGAAGGGGGUUGGAGCAGUUUCCCCAGUGAUGAAAGGGUGAAGCAUUUGGGGGGCGGAGGGAGUAAAUGGAGAGUCGGGAAAGGGGUGCAUCAAAUUAGGCACGGCGUUCGGGGGGAAGUGGCUCGAGAGACGUUUUACUCCGCCUUUCAUGAAACCAAACUCGGGGCCAAGCAGUAAAGCUGAGCGGUGAGAGAUGCAGGACAGACAAAAGGAAGGACUUCUCCAUGCAGCAUGUAAUUGAACUAUGGGGUUCACUGCCGCGAGAAAUAGUGACGGGCACCGAGUUAUUAUUAUCAAUAAUAAUAAUAGAAUUUAUAUACCACCCUAUACCCAGGGGUCUCAGGGCGGUUCGCAGAAUAAAAUCAAGAUAUAAAACCACAAAAUACCUAAUAAAAAAUAAAAACAGCAACCCAUUACCCCCUCCCAAAAAACCCACAUUUUAAAAGGGCAUAGGAUGUAAAUCGGAUCAACCAAAUGCGUGGUUAAAGAGGAUGGAUUUAAAAGAGGAUUUGGCAAAUUCAAUGGGGGGGGGUAAGACUAUCAUCAACACUAAGGACACGGAUGACCGUUUCAGAGCACUCAUAGGUGCUCUGAAAGCACCUAUGAAGGGUGUGGACAGGGUUGAAGAAGUAUGCAACUUGGAGAGAGGGUGUAGCCUGGGGGAGAGACCCAAGGGCCAGACAGGAGGGUAUUUGGCCCUCAGGCCUGAGGCUUCCCCCGCCCUGCUAUAGACAAUACUGAGCUAGAUGGGCCAUUGGUGGCUUCAGAUGUCCUGUCAUUUCAGAAGAUGCAUUUCAGCUUUUGUGUGGCUCUUCUGUGAAGUCUCCUGUCACCCAUGAUUAUGCAAAUACUCCCAUUAAACAAUUAGAAAAUGAUUCUGUUCUGAGAUGCUGAUGUUUGCUCACUCCCUGUCCUCCCUUGCUAAUACACAAAGGGAAGUGUGCAGCUGUGGGAGGGGGAGUCCCAGGCUCAUGAUAUACCAGACUGAUAAAAUUCACUCUGAAAGGGGAGCUGAUUACAAGGGAAGUGGGAAAGUUACUGAUAAAAGGAGCGAGGUUAACUCCAUGAAUGCAGGACAGAAUUGUGAGAGAUUCUGUAACUACAAAGAGACAAAACACAUGGCUUAUAAUAGUUUAUGUCUUUUAGAUACCUUGGAUAUAUGGACUGCCUCUGUUAAUCUAUGUGUUUACAUUAGGACUGAUGGACUAUUUUUUAUCAUCUGUGUCAGCAACGGUUCAUUAUCCUUUUCUUUCUUUUUGGUAUACUUGCAAAAAAAAAUGCUGAAAAAUAAAAUAAGAAAAGAAAGGGGUAGACAAACACAAGCCUUGAUACAUAUGGCUGCUAUUCUUGCAUCAUUGACCUGUUGCGGAACACACAUACAAACCUCAACUGUAGAGGGGCCCUUAGUGUGUAUAAUUAAAGUGACUUAAAGCACAAUCUUGUCCUAGUGCAAUAAAAAAGAGAGAAGGAGAUUUAUAGUGGUUAGGGAAAUGAGGAAAAUGCACCGAAUAGUGUGGGAUGAACAAAUGAUUAACAGGGAGAUGUAUAAAAAACACUACACAAGCAAAUCAGAGAGAAUGCUUGCUGUCAUAUUACCGCCCCACAAACAAAUUGGGAUGAAUGCUCAGUAAAUAGGUGGUCUGAAGGAGACCUAACUUAUCUUAGGAUGCAAGCAAGAUCCCAAGAUUUUGCUAUAAUCAUACAAAACCUUUCACUCAUACAGUCAUACCGCUGGUUAAAUGUGCUUCAGGUUGAGCGUUUUCAGGUUACGCUCCGCGGCGACCCAGAAGUAAUGGAGCGUGUUACUUCCGGGUUUCGCCGCUCGCACAUGCGCAGACGCUCAAAAUGAUGUCACGUGCAUGCGCGGAAGCGGUGACACGCACAGACACGGGUUGCGUUCACUUCAGGAUGUGAACGGGGCUCCGUAACGGAUCCCAUUCGCAUCCAGAGGUACCACUGUAUUUCAAUUUUAUUUUAUUUUUUCCUCAGACGCUGCUGCCAGGAAUAAAAAUGGAGGAGCAGGACCUGCCAGGACCCAAUCCAGCAAAGAGAUCAGAAAUGAGAGGAAAAGGUUCCCGUGCUGUCCAAACUGGGACUGCCAGGGAGUUUCCAGCUGAGACAACCCCGGGAAUAAUUAAGCAUGAGCUAAACAAGGGGCCCCACCAGAAAACUCCGCAGCAGGGGUUCCUGAAGUCCAAAUGGUCUAUGCGUUCAAGAUCAAAACCCUCACGGCUCUUUCAGUCCCAUCCGCGGUUGGAUGAUGCUAAUGACUUCCAGGCCUCCUUCAAGGCUGUCAUUGACACCAGCCGGUGGCCAACAGGAGAGAGUGCGUCCCGUCGAGAAGCCCGCGGGGCCCAUCAAAGGCUGGAUCCUUUUGUGAAAGUGAAGGAGGAGAUUCUGGAUGAGGAAACUCUCAGCUUGGAGAUUCGAUGUCUUCGCUUCCGGCAUUUCGGCUACCAGGAGACCGAGGGGCCCCGAGAGGCCUUGAGACAACUCCGAGAGCUUUGCCGCCAGUGGCUGAUGCCUGAGAGGCACACCAAGGAGCAGAUCCUGGAGUUGGUGACCUUGGAGCAGUUCCUGACCGUCCUGCCCCUGGAGAUGCAGUGCUGGGUCCGGGAAUGGGGCCCGGAGACCUGUACCCAAGCGGUGGACCUUGCGGAAGAUUUCUUGCUGAAGCCUCGAGAGGCUGAGAGGCCAGAGGAAAAGGUGAACAGAGCUUGUGCGAAUUGACCUAGGAGUCAUGACAGCUUGGGUCGUCUAUGAGUGUGGAAAAGUUGGUCUGGAAAUGUGUCUUGGCAAACACAGUUCAAUAACACAGACUGUGUCCAGAGAGAAAAGUCUUGAUAACACUUUACUAAGUAUACUGAACAAAAUGGUGUAUAAUUUGAGGAGAAAGGAAACAGAGGUUUUGUGUUUCAGUUUGGGCCUUGUACAGAGUGCCGGGAGACAUUCAGUCAAACAUAUAGAGGUAAAACUCCCUUGGAACUGCACAGCCAACCAGAGCAUGUGCUAUCUCACUAAAGAUAAUGCCAGUGCCUGGUUGCUAAGUAAUAACUCCACCUGUCCCUCUCUUGGCUAGUUGACUUUAAUGCUAAUCAAAUUAUCCCUAAAUUACAAACAGCCUCAGCAAGCAUGACCAACAGCCAGGGAUGACAGGAGUCGUAGUUUAGCACUAUCUGGAAGACCAAAGGUUCCUCAUACUGUAUACUACUUUUCAGUCAUUCCAUUCCUAUCUGCUCCAAAUUCCAUUUUAUGUGGAGGAAAAUAUUUUAUGUUAUUUAAGCCAUUCACUAUCAAUAGAUCUUGAAGCAGUUUACAUUGAAUUGGUUUACAUGUUAAAAAAUCCAAGAACAUAAGUAUAGAAUAAAACACUUUCAACAAUUUAAGAUGAAGAAAAUCCAACUACACAUAGGUCCCACUUUCCAAACACAAUGCGCUCCCCAGGAAAUCAUCCUUUAGGCGAACGUUCGCAUAAUGAGCUGACAAUUUUCAUUAUUUCUUAUGGGAGCAUUUCUAAUGUGUGUUCCCACCAUACUUUCUUCCUAAAAUGGCUGCAGCCAACCAGCAAAAGAGGGGCAAAGGAAAAACUGGUUUGUCUGCUGCUCCCUGAUUAGUCCGAUUUCUUUCGCCAUGGUUUCUACUCCAGCAAAAGUACAAACAAGCAGGGAAGUGGGCAAACUCCAUCUGUUCACAAUCAGCCAAGUGUGCAGCAAAGCUUGGGUAUAACUCUCUGUGUAAAGAGAAGUGAUUUUUUGCAUAAUGAGCUGGUGGGUGGUGGGUAGGGUUGCCAUAUUUCAAACUGAAAAUCCAGACAGAAAAGCUGUUGAGUUUUUUGGGCAAAAUGCCAUUUUUGAGCUAUGCCAAUAUGGGUUGCCAUAUGUCCGGAUUUCCCCAGACAUUUUCCCGAUUUCCCGAUUUCCACUCGGACACUGCUGCUGACUGCAGUAUCCCGGUUAUAUCAGGGAAAAUCCAGUUGUAUGGCAAUGCUAAUAGUGCAGCCUGAAUAUACAUAAACAGUACAGUGCAAUAUCUGUAUACGCAGCAAUAAUCGUAUCAGUGUUUAAUUUUUUUUUUUAAGUGUGUGUGUGUAUGGACCACCUCUUCCCCACAUGAUUCAACCUAGACUCUGCUUUCAUAAUCCAAGGCCUGUGUCCAUGUGCCCACUCAGAGAGGGAGAUGUGGAGAGUGUCAGCAUGAGACUGGGUCUUCUUAGUGGUGGCUCAGUGCUUAUGUAACACUCUCCCCAGCUACACAUGUCUGGCAAUAUCACUAUAUUUCUUUAGGUGCAGGCAAAAAUGUUUCUCUUCAGCCAAGCCUUUUUAUAAUCUGUAGCCUCCCGCAGUGGGAGUGAUUUUUUCGCUUUUACAGUGGAACCUCUGGUUACGAACGGGAUUCAUUCCGGAGGCCUGGCCGUAUCUCAAAAUCUUCGUAACCGGAGGAUUGCGUCUAUGCAUGCGGCGCCGCAGAGCACUUCUGCACAUGCGCGAGCGGCAAACCCACUUCUGGGUUUGCCGCUUUUGCAACCCAAGGAUUACGUUACCCGAAGGGUAACCUGAGGGUCCACUGUACUGAUUUAGUUUUAUGUAGGUGAUGUAUGUGCUACUUUUGGUAAGUCACUUUGAGUUCCUUUUUGUAAAAGUGGCUAAUGAGUUUUUAAAGUGACUAAUAAAACAAAUAAUACAGAUUUAACAUCUACAGUUCUAAAUCUUUUGUUCUUCUUCGGUUUCAGAUAUGGGGGCCUUUCACAAAUGUGGCCAUUCAUUCGCCCGCGUCAGAGGAGGAUUCCUCAGACACUGCUGAAAUGCAGAUUUGCACAGAGGUCAAGGAGGAAGCAGAUGAGAUCGACUUGCUGGGUCAAGAUUUAGGUUUGAGUCCUUUGACUAUGAAGCUUCUUAGCUGGUGAUGCUGGGGAUUGAACGUGGGGUCUUCUGUGUUCAGGGCAGAUGCUCCACCGUUGAGUUAGGACCUUUCCCAUUCUAAAUCAUGGUAUUCAGAAUCUUCUCUCUCAUUUCUUGAUUCUCUUAUUUCUUUCAACAGAUGACAGGCACGAACUGGAAGAUGCAGAAGGGAUCUUUGAAGAGGAAACAGUUGAGCAAGUAGUUGUGGCUGGAGUAUCCCCAGAAAGAGCCAAGGGAGAUUUAUUCCAGGAUCCUGAAGUUGACAAGAGACCUGGAAGCCAGGAGGGGCAAGAAAAUCGCCGGGACAAGCACCCGAGGAAGGCGGCAAAACCAUUGGGGCAACGCGAGGAAGGCAACAGGGGCUUGAACCAGAAUACCUUCCAGCACGGAAUCCGCCAGAUCUUUGAUCUCCUGGAGAAUCAGAAGCAGCAGGUGAGGGAGAGGCCGUACAAAUGCACGUACUGCAGGGAGAGUUUCCAGAACAAAUCCCACCUGUCGAUUCAUGAGAGGACCCACACGGGAGAGAAACCGUACGAAUGCCUGAACUGCGGGAGGUCGUUCUCCCAGCACUCGAACCUCCUGAGGCACGAGAGGACCCACACGGGGGAGAAGCCCUACAAGUGCGCCGACUGUGACAAAAGCUUCAACCAGAAGGCUACCCUUGUCAUCCACCAGAGGACCCACACGGGAGAGAAGCCGUACCAGUGCUCAGAGUGCGGCAAGAGCUUCAGCACCAGCUCCCAGCUCAUCACCCACAAGCGGAUCCACUCAGGUGAGAAGCCGUACCAGUGCUCCGACUGCGGCCAGAGCUUCAGCCGGAGGCCGCACCUCGUGGUGCACGAGAGGACCCACACCGGAGAGAAGCCUUACAAAUGCACCGACUGCGGGGAGAGCUUCAGAAACAGCUCGGUCUUCAACGUUCACAAAAGGACCCACACGGGAGAGAAACCCUACAAGUGCUCCUACUGCGGGCAGAGCUUAAGCCGGAGGACCAACCUCAUUAAACACGAGAGAAUCCACACGGGAGAAAAGCCCUUCAAGUGCCCAGAAUGUGACCUCAGCUUCCGGUCCAGCACCUUGCUGAAAGCUCAUAAGAGGACCCACACAGGGGAAAAACCGUACAAAUGCCUGGAGUGUGAGAAAAGGUUCUGCGGUCUCACGGGUCUUCGUAAACAUAAGAAAGUCCACGCCGAGAAACAGCCAUAAGGGUGGGCCUGAGGAUAUAAGCAGGGCUGUGAUGAAGUGAAAGGGGUUCAAAUCACAGGCGCUGGCCUUAACUGGCCUGGGAGCUGUGCAUCUUAAGGACCACCACCUUCUGUUAUGUGCCCUGCUCACGCUCUUCAACAUCUAAGGCCCCACCCUAUGUACUGCUGCCAAACAAAGCUCAGCAGACCUCUGUUAAGAGCAGAGCCUUUUUUGCAGCUGCACCACGGUGCAGAAUGCCCCUGCCUCAAGAGGUUCUGCCAAGCCCGGACACGGUGCUCAUUGAAUCCCCAGGCCAAAAAUUGAGGUUGGUGUGGCACUGCCCCAUUCAUCUCGAUUGAGUGGCCUCUGCUGGUCAAGAAGGAAGCAAUAUGUGGUUGUUUUGAUUGCAUGAUCCUUAGUUUUAGGCUAAGUAGGGUAUGGGAACUAGAGGGUUAAGCCAAAGGCCUCAUAGAAAAGGUGGGAUUUGAGGGUGUUUGUUGAUCCAUUCCUCCCUGUAGCUCAUUUUUUUAUUGUUAGGGGUGGCUGUUUGUGUGUGUGUCUCCUGCUGGGAAGGGAUUUGGGUCAUUUUACCACUUCCUGUCUUGUACCAUUAGACCAGCUCCUCUGAUGAAUUUUUGCAUUUAUUAGUUGCUUUAUAUUGUCUUUAACCUUUAUUUGUAAGCCACUUUGAAUAAUCAUUGAUAAAGAGGAAUUUGAGUUACUGCUUUGUUGUGAGUGUAUCUGUGUAUGUAUCGUAAUUAGAGAGGUAAAAUUUCCGGAACAUGAGAAAAAAAUGUUUUUCCCCUGUUUCCCCCCAGAAAAAAUAGAAAUUUUGGGAAAAUGGGGGGAAAGUUCAGUGUGGAGUAGUUUUACAAAUUGUGUGAAACGCAGUGUAUAUAAAAGUCUUAUGCUUGCAAUAAAACAGGUAACCCCCCCUUCCCUCAAAAGCAACAAAAAAAGCAAGAAACCAUCAACAUAAAAAAUAAUCAAAUUUGCCCCUUAGCGCCAACAGCAAAUAAAGUUGUCCACCUCAAUAUUUAAGCUCCAUAGAAGGUCUACCCUUUGAGUGGUGCUUUAAAAAGAAAGAAACAGAAGACACAACAUAUAAAUGCAGUUUAUUCUAUCUCAUUUUCUGAACUACUGCUAUCAAUUUACUGACCAGACUAUAGGUAAACAUUAUGCUGUGAUGGUGGAGAACAUUAAUAAGAAUCGUUUAAGGGUUACAAAAGAGAAACUAAUUUGUCAGACAAAUUUACCCUCUUACCUGUCAGUUAAGACCUGAGAGGAGGACAGAAACUAUCACAUCCUGAAUAUACUAACCAUUACUCAACUGUAGGAGGUCUGAGGUACACAAGUAUAGUAAACUGGAGGCUUUCCCCUGCAGUGCCCCCUAGUGGCACAAAUGCAUAUUUCUGCUGUUUGAGAGCUUCAUUGAGAAGUAAGUACUGUACAGUAUAACUUUAAUUCUAUUCCAGGAUUUGCUUGUCUUCAGCUGAGAGAACUUGCAAUAAUUUAAUUUACAAAAAGCCUCAGAAAUCUUUCAUUCAGGUCUUCAUGUUAUAUUGUUUGAAUAAAAUGUCAUAGAUAAAUUAUUUAUCAUUGGAAAAGAACAUAUUCCACACACUCCCCCCCCCCCCCCGAUUUUUUUUCAGGGGAGGGGACGGUUUUGGGGUGAAAAAUCUGUCCCGUUCCCCACCCCCAUUUUUCUGUUUUUUUCCCCAGGCCUUUCCCUCUCUAAUUGUAAUAUAUUGGAUGCAGGAGGAGAAAAGCAGGGUAUUGAAAGUGGAAACUAAUUUUAGACUUAAUGGUCUGAUGGGGGUAUUACGUCACUUUCUUUGUAAUGUGGUAAGUGGGACACAGCUCAGCUUUCUAAGGACUUUUGCACGAGGUUAAAACAUAAGAGUAGAAGGCCUCCAGCUUCCUAAACUGUCUCUGCUUUGAACUGCACUGACCCCUCUUUCCUUGGAAGUAGAAUGGUAUUCUCAGGUUGCAGUUAAAGGCCCAUGCCAAACUAGGAUACAUUCACAAAGAUAAUGUCUGUCCUUGCACACAAACUCCAUCUGCCAGGCUUGCUGCCUUGGGGAGCCCUCCUCAUUCUGCUGAGUGGCGGCCCUGGACAUCUGCCCAUAAUCUCGCCCCGAAGGCACCACAGAGCGAAGGGAUGGGAGCAAGAAGAGAGAUGGGCAGAAGACUCAGGCUGCUAACACACCAUUGAAUCUUGGAAAGUAGUUUAAAGGUGCUGGGAAUUGUAGUUCUGUGGGGAGUGGAACUACAGUUCCCAGGAUUUGGGGAGGCUUUGAAUACAUGGGGUGUCUGCAGUCUAAGGCUGCUUCCAGACACCCUGUUUAUUGAGCAUUUAUUCUGAUUUGUUUGCCGGCAGGUAAGGUGAUGUGUCAAAGCAAGGGUUACCUUUCAGUGCAUUGGGGAAACUAAUCAUUUUCCUUAUUGCAAAAAGUCCAACUUUUUUUUUUUAAAUAAUAUUUAUUAAAAUUUCAAAGAAUACAAAAAUUACACAAAGACAUAAAGUA